CCCCCGGCACUCCCGGUCAAAUGCUCGCCUAAGGUUCAGAGUCGAAACAUCAUUCUUCCGAAAGAAGAGGUAAUUUUUGAGCUCGAAGACGAACCCAUUCCUGCACCCUCUGGUACCCCCGUCACCAAAGACCAACCACUCAGGACCACUGAGACCAUAACGUGGCCAACCAGUUUGAAUUUUGCAUCAGACCAAACUUCAUUGCCCACUGUGGCAUCUCCAGUGUUGACGGCGAAAGAAGCCAAGUUGGUAACCGGUUCGUCUGAAGGCGAGACCAAAGUGGUACCCCCACCUCCAUACCAAACCAAUGUGGCCGAAACACAACCGUCCAAACUACCAACUGACGUGGUUGGUGAAGCGACUCCCCCACCCCCACCCCCACACCGAACCGGCUCUGUCAAAAAACCUGCCACUACUCCACCACCGCUAUCAGACAAAGAGCAAGACGAGACCGAAAUGACACCACCGCCAACUCCCCCACACCGAACCGGUUCGGUCAAGCGUACACCAGAGCCAUCAGUUGAACCACCCCCACUCCCCUGAGGAACCCGGUAUGUUCGCACCCCCGACCCCACCACAUCGAACCAAUUCAGUCAAAAAUACACCGGAAUCAUCAGCGGCUCCACCCCCACUCCCUGCAAAACAAAUUAUCGUACCGCCACCCCCUCCCCCACACGAAACCGAUGAGGUCCAAAACAUACUGGAAUAUUCAACAGCGUCGUCAAGUUCUCCGAUGUCCCCAACUUUCAGAAGUCCUCCCUUGCCUCCAAAAGACACUCCAACUCCCCCUCCUUUCACACCUCCCCCUCCUCCCUCUCUCCCCUCUCCCCCCACUUCCCCUCCUCCCUCUCCCCCUACCUCCCCUCCUCCCUCUCCUCCCCAAUCAUCAAUACUGUCCUCCACUCCCCCACUUCCCCCCAAGACCUCCGAAACUCCACCCCCUCCUCCGCCCAUCUCGGAAUGCUACUACACGGAAGACUCGGACCUCAGCGAAAGCGAUGACGAACACCGUGGCAAAUAUCGCAGCAUCACCUCGACUUCCCUGAACCUCAAAUCCCCAGCCGAAGACGAUGUAUUAGCCGUCACUCCCGGCCCGGAGCGAACAGACAGCCCACUGAGCAACGAUUCUGUCCCCUCCCCCACCACCCCGCUGAGCAGCGAGGAAGACACUCCGCGACGAAUUUCGCAAUUUCUGGUUCCUCAUCAGACGGAAGAGUCCAGCGAGAUAAUGGUCGUCACUCCCGAACCUUCUUUAUGGAUCUUGGAUGGGGAUACUUGGGUGGAGAGGGAGGGGAACUAUGUUAAUCAGGAGGUGAUUGACGAGUCAACGGGUGGGGUACAAGAGGGAGAUUGCACCAAUCAAGAAGUAAUUAAAGAGACAAAGAUUGGGAAACAGGAGGGAAACUAUGCUAAUCAGGAAGUAAUUGCAGGGGCAGCAAGUGGGAAUGAAGAAGGAGACCAUUCCAAUCAGGAAAUAAUUGCAGGGGCAGCAAGUGGGAAUGAAGAAGGAGACCAUUCUAAUCAGGAAAUAAUUGCAGGGGCAGCAAGUGAUAAUGAAGAAGGGGACUAUGCUAAUCAGGAAAUAAUUGCAUUGGCAGCAAGUGGGAAUGAAGAAGGGGACUAUGCUAAUCAGGAAAUAAUUGCAUUGGCAGCAAGUGGGAAUGAAGAAGGAGACUAUGCUAAUCAGGUGAUUAUUGAUGAGAACUGCAGCAAAGAAAGUGACUAUGACGACGAUAGCAAACUCAGAACGGUCCGUGGAGCCAUGCCCAUCCGUUCCCGCACUCUGACCCCCGAAAGGAGUGACUACAUGAACCAGGAGCUAUUGGACGGGGACAUAAUCCCACUCUCCCUGGCAGUUCCCUCUUCCUCGGCCACUGCCCUCGGGGCAGGCUCCAUUCUCCAGGGUGACACCUGGACUAGGAAAACCCCAGACUAUGCCAACGUCAGUGGGGAAGAAGACGAUGGAAGAGAGCAAAAGGAAACCCCUGUUGAUUUACGGGUGGAUUCCCGCGAACCCAGCCGAUGUCGGCUCUCCUGACUCCCCAGCUCUCUCUCCCGCAGUCUCCCGCCAGCAGCCGGCGAAGUUUGAGUCCCCAAGACGAGAGAGAAACAGCUAUUGACUUUCGCGGCUCCUCCCCGCACAGCACCCACGGCUCGGAGCUCGUUCCCCUGCGAUCGGCCCCCGGGAGCGGCUACAGUUCGGGGGCCACGACCCCCGAUGCCCUAUCUAUCGACAGUCUGGACUACGAGUUUGACGAGAAGCCGUCAGACGUGUCCCAACCUCCUUUGUUGGUGAUUGAAGACAACGAUGGAUCAAGACAAGGCCGAGGCAUCAGCCGCGUAGCUGCUUCUGUUAGAGGUUCCACGGGUCGUCAUCAGGCGUCGCCUGGUCUACCACCUUCAAGUGGCACAUUUGCCUGCCACCAGCCAUAUAAGAGAGAGCGGCCAGCCCCUAGAAAACUAACCUCAGUUGGAGAUGUUACAGAUAAUCCUCGGGCCUAUGAACAUCUCCUUGAGAGACUCUGCUCACCACUUCCUGAAAGAUCUGAAGACCUCGAAAACGUACCUCGCGCCAAGGAAGGUUACCUGCACAAGAAAGGAGGGAAAAGGAGUCAGCGGCCGUGGCAGAAGAGGUGGACGGUAUUCUCCGGCGAAGAGCUCAAGUAUUUCAACGACAAGAACAGCAAGGAAUCAGAUGCACUGAACCACGUGAAAUUGCGUGAUAUGAUUGACGUUAAGAAAAUCAACGAUGCCAAUUCAUCUGAGAAGCAGCACAGAUUCGAUCUGGUGGUCAUUGGUAGAGUGUUCCAGUUUUACUCCGACUCCAGAGGUACAACUAAUACAUGUUUUCUUGUAACUCUGUAGACGUGAAUACAUGUUGAGUUUGUACAUUAGGUGUUUUUCAUGCACGUUUUCAUGUACAUUCUGUACUUAGCAUCUCAGCAGUGACAUAAUUUCAUGUUUUCGCCUGAAACAAAAUUGCCUGCCGCAUGAUGUAAUUGUUAAUGAAUAGUUGAUGAGGGACUGUUUACAGCC